AAUAAAAUAUUUUAACUCAGAGAAAAAAUGAUAAAAAUAAAUCAACUUUCAAAAUGUAAUGAAAACUUGCAUUGACGGACGUAAAAUUAAUUGUAUUUAUAAAAGAGAGAUUUUUCAACCGCCAGUAGAUAGCAUCAGUUAAAUCCGUGCAAAAUUUCUUAUAACUUUAAAAGUGUUUCUUAAAGUGAACAAAAUUUAGAAUAAUCAAAAUUGUUUUGAAAGUGCAACCACCGAAAUUUUCCAUGACUAUAAGUUUUGUUUAUUUCACCAAAAACUUGUCUGAGAUGCAAAAACAUUCUGGUGUCAAAUUAAUAUAAUUGAAAAAGAUUUUAUAUAAACAAAAGGAUCGCUAUUUUUUAUUUUAUCUUCUUAAAGUUAUUCAGAACAAACUGAUUUAAUACAUUCUUCAAUCGGAGAAACAAUAAUUGAAACGAGAAGUCAUAAAUCCAAUAUUUUACUAUCCAGAGCACGUCAGUUUGAUAAGAAUAAAAUUUUCUCCAGGACUGACAGAAUGGCUAGAUCAUUUUCACUCAUCGUUGCUAUUGUGAUGUUUUUCUACUCUCACGGAACUGCCGAUUUUGAUUCAUCCAAUUAUAAUAUUAAUGAUUUAACAAACUUGCUGAAAGCGGAAGAUAUCGUGAUUGACACUAUCUAUGAUUACCUUCAGGAACAGGAAAUUCGAUUAGCCACUCUCAGGAAGCACAUCGAAAAUUAUACAAAGGAACACGACAAAGCCAUACAAAAGACAGUCAGAACUCUUCGUGCUGCAACUCAGAAAAGGCCCGUUAAUAAUGUUAAGGAGACUAAUGAGAUGAAGGAAGAAGCUGAUGAGGGUGACCUCAGUCAUUUGAAUAAAUAUGCCGGCACAAACUACGAAAAGCUUUGCAAUGGAGAAAUUUUACCACCUGCGGAUAUUCAGAAAAAAUGUAAAUGCCGAUACGUCGAUCAUGGUAAUCCUUUUCUGAAAAUAGCACCCUUUAAAGAAGAAGAAGUCUAUCUAGAUCCUAAAAUUGUUGUAUAUCAUGACGUAAUUUACGAAGAGGAAAUAGAGGAUCUUAAAAGAUCGUCAAGGCCCAAGUUACAUAGUGCACAAUUACUAAAUUCUACCAGUGGUCAAUUAGGAACUUCCAAACAAAGAAUUGCCAAGUGUGCCUGGUUUGAGGAUGACGAAAAUAAACACGUGAAGAUUUUGAGUCGGCGAGUGGCGCAUAUGACAGGUUUGACGGUCGACACAGCUGAGCAACUUGGAGUUACUUAUUAUGAAAUCGGAGGCCUUUAUGAGCCACACUACGAUUUCGCAACAAAAUCGAACAUCAACUUCUUUAAUUUUGACACUGGAAAUCGUAUCGCCACCAUUCUGUUUUAUAUGAAUGACGUCGAGAAAGGAGGUGGCACAGCUUUUACUGAGUUAAACUUUACCUUAUGGCCUAAAAAAGGAAGCGCAGCAGUCUGGUACAACCUUAAACGAAACGGAGAAGGAGAUGUUUUAACCAAACAUGCAGCAUGUCCAGUACUUUCUGGAACAAAAUGGAUUGCGAAUAAAUGGCUGCAUGAAAAAGGUCAAGAAUUACUGAGACCAUGUACGUUAUCGGAAAAUGAAUAAUUCAUCUAAAAUAAAUUGAUUGCAAAAAUAGAAAAUGAUCAAUUCUCCGACAUUAUAGACAUUGUGCAAAAGAUCUGAGUAAACUUCAUCAUAAUCUUCAUUGAUUUAUUUUUUAACGUACAAAAAAGAAUUUC